AUGCAGAUGGAAGAAAAGCAAUUAUACGGUGCACUUACCGUGUACCGAGAAAGAGGCGCUUAUUUGCGUCGACUGGAGCAGUUUGAAAAAGCCAAGGCAUCGUUUGAUGAAGCGUACAAGGCCGCUCCAGACGAUGUAGCGAAUCUGACCGGGCGCAGUCAGGUCUGCGCGGACGCCGUGCAGCCGGUGCAGGCGUAUGCCGACGCCGAGAUCGCGCUCAAGCUGGAGCCCGGCAACAUGAUCGCGCGCAACAUGCAGGCGCGCGCCAUGUACACCAUGUCCGACUUCGAGAGGUCGGUGGUCAUGAACUACCGAGGGGCCCGGGUUCGUCGUCAACCUCCCUACUUCAUCGAAGGGAUCAACCAAGGAGUGGAAACGAUACAAGACUGUAUCGGAAUUAACGCCGGUAGUGUCAUGUUAGAUUUUCUUCCUUUGAUAAAACAAAACGAAGCAGCGGGUGUCGAUGAAAAUGAACCACAAAAACCAUUACAUGUGUCGCGCAUUCCACGACCGCUCAAAAAACGUAAGUUGACUCAAAUGGAAGCACGUAAGCAUUUAACGUUAGCACGUGUACUUGCAAUGAAAUACCUUGGCCCCAUGGCUUACGAUAAGUUUUUUCUUCAGGAACUUACUGAAGACCCUCGAAUAAUGUCUGCGAACUCUGGAGGUAGUAUAGAACUAAGGGGAAUUGUAAAAGAAGCCUUGCGAUCUCUUUCCGAACGUCAGGACAUGUUGCGAGCUCAACGUCCAUACUACACUAUUAAACUGGCUGAGAAAGCCGAGUCUAAACACCAGAACAAGUAUAAGGAAGCUGUUCUUAUUAAAGAGCGUGAGAUUGGUGCUCGUACUGCUGAACGCCUGUUGAAACAACUUGAGAAGAGCAUGCGUGAGAAUCGCGUCAUGGACUUGAUUGCACAAGCCGAACGCAUGCAGAUAUUCCUUGACAUGAAGACUCCGAGGACACUACCCGACAAAGAAAUUUACACUGAUCGGUUAUACAGAGCUGUCGGUGAAGGCUACUUAUCUCAGCAUAGACUCUCGUACACGCUUAGCGAACGGGGUAACAGACGCAGAAUUGCUUUCCUUAUGGGUUUGCCAGUUGGCCGUCCACAAUCAUUCGAUUCUGUUAUGGCCAAUUAUCCAUACAAGUUCAUCGAUAUAAAACAGGCUACAGAAAAAGUCGUGGCGACCUUAGAGAUGUGCGAGAACUCUACAAUGAAAUGUUGGCUAAUGUACGAACUUUCACGGUUGCUUUGUACACAAAAGAAUUACGCUCUUGCCAAAUUCUAUGCAAAGCGCUGCCAACGCGAAGCUCAGGAGCUGGGUAGUGUGACCUGGUGGUUGAAUGGAUGUUUCGUACUAAUGAGUGGUGAUAUGCAACAAGGAAACGCUAACGAAGUGCGUAUACAAGUGGAAGAGGCUUACGAAUGGUCUAAAAAGUUGCAAGAUCCGGAAAGAGUGCAAGCUUUCCUUUGUAAAUGCGCUGAAAUGGCGGCAGAGACAGUGACCGCGGAUGAACGUAAAGCGGUAGUACAGCGUGAGAAACAGAUAGUAGGUGUAAUGGACGAACAGCAACGUGUGGAGACGCAGGUGCUGUUCAAGCGCAUGUCGACGGUGCCAACGGGGCGGCGCUUCUCCGUGCUGCCGAGCAAGCCGCAGGCGGGCGAGGUGCGCCCGGAGCGCCGCCGCCGCCGCCAGCGCGGGCUGUCCGUCAUCCCGGGCCCGGAGCAGGCUCUGCCACCCCCACCAAAGUCUGGUGUACUCGGGUUCCAAGUUUUCGAUAUCUAA